AUGGGUGUUGGUCGAGGCUGCUGGAGCGACUCUCCGUGGUGGCUGCCACCGCCGCCUCUACUACUGCUGUUCUGUGCCAUCCCACUUUGCUCAGGCCGGCCCUUUGGCUUUCCCUCACCCUCUGUGAACGUGGCGGUGGUGUUCAGCGGCCCGGCCUACCAGACGGAAAUAAAGGGGCGUCUGAGCCGAGAGAACUUCAUGGACCUGCCUCUGGAAGUGAACCCCAUCACUGUUCUGGUCAACAACACAAACCCCCGGGCUCUGCUCACCCGCAUCUGUGACACCCUCUCCACCAACCGUGUCCAUGGCGUGGUGUUUGAGGACAGCGUCGGUUCGGAGGCUGUGGCUCAGAUCCUGGACUUCAUUUCCACCCAGACAGCUGUUCCCAUCGUGGGCAUCAGUGGAGGCUCGGCUGUCGUCCUGCCAUACAAGGGUGAGGGCUCCAACUUCCUCCAACUGGGAUCCUCCAUCGAGCAGCAGAUCAACGGCAUGUUUAAGGUGAUGGAGGAGUACAACUGGGACAGUUUUGUGGUCAUAACCAGCCUCUAUCCAGGUUAUGAAACGUAUGUGGAUUACAUCAAGUCCUUCACUGACACCAGCUACUUCAUGUGGGAUCUCCAGGAUGUUUUGUCCUUCGACAUGUCCGCCGACAGCUUGAACGACAUACGAGCACGGAGGCUGCUGCAACAGAUUGACACUCAGGUGCUGCUGGUCUACUGCUCCCACGAAGAGGCCCAGUACCUGUUUACUAUGGCAGCUGAAGCCGGACUCGUGGGGCCAGGCUACAUUUGGAUUAUCCCCAGCAUGGCUGUGGGAAACCCAGACAUCCCCCCACCUGGCAGCUUCCCUGUGGGGCUCAUCAGCAUCAUUACGGACCGCUGGAGGAUGAGUCUGAGGAAGAGGGUGCGGGAUGGAGUGGCCAUUGUGGUGAAAGGCGUCCAAGGCUUUCGGAAACAAAGAGGCUUUAUCCCUGAGGGUCACAGUGACUGUCAUAACCCCGUCAAAUUACCAGCAGCUAAUGACACCCUGUUCAGACACAUGCUGAAUAUAACCUGGGAGCACAACGACUUCUCCUUCAACAGUAAUGGCUACCUGGUGAAUCCAGCCAUGAUCGUCAUCACUCUGGACAGAGAGAGACAGUGGGACAAGGUGGGGACCUAUGAGAUGGGGAUCCUGCAGAUGAGAUACCCCGUCUGGCCACGGUUCGGUUCCUACCUGCAGCCGGUGUCGGAUUACAGACACCUGACGGUGGCCACCCUGGAGGAGCGACCUUUCGUCAUCGUAGAGGCAGUUGACCCCGUGACAGGGACCUGUGUUAGCAACACCGUGCCCUGCCGACGACAGUCCAACAAGACCGAGACCAUCGUAGGUCACACAGAGCCAUACACCAAACUGUGCUGCAAAGGCUUCUGCAUCGACAUUUUGAAGAAACUUUCCCGCAACAUAAAGUUUUCCUACGACCUGUACCUGGUUACAAAUGGGAAGCACGGAAAGCUGGUCCGGGGAAUUUGGAACGGGAUGAUCGGGGAGGUAUUCUACAAAAGGGCAGACAUGGCCAUCGGCUCACUGACCAUAAACGAAGAGCGUUCAGAAAUUAUCGACUUCUCAGUGCCAUUUGUGGAAACGGGAAUCAGUGUGAUGGUGGCAAGAAGUAACGGGACUGUUUCUCCAUCUGCAUUUUUAGAACCGUACAGUCCAGCAGUCUGGGUGAUGAUGUUCGUCAUGUGUCUGACCGUGGUGGCCAUUACGGUCUUUGUCUUUGAAUACUGCAGUCCAGUUGGGUAUAACCGCAGCCUCGUCACCGCCAAAAAUCCUGGAGGUCCCACGUUCACCAUUGGAAAAUCAGUUUGGCUGCUGUGGGGUAUCGUCUUUAACAACUCUGUUCCUAUUGAGAACCCAAAGGGCACCACUAGUAAGAUCAUGGUCCUGGUCUGGGCUUUUUUUGCCGUCAUCUUCUUGGCUUCCUACACGGCCAACUUGGCUGCCUUUAUGAUCCAGGAGCAGUACAUCGACACCGUCUCUGGACUGAGUGACAAAAAGUUUCAAAAGCCACAUGAGCAGUAUCCACCAUUUCGCUUCGGUACUGUCCCAAACGGAAGCACAGAGCGCAACAUUAGGAGUAACUACCCUGAGAUGCACUCCCACAUGGUUAAAUACAACCAGAAGGGAGUAGAGGAUGCCCUUAACAGCCUUAAAACAGGGAAACUGGAUGCUUUCAUCUAUGAUGCUGCAGUGCUGAAUUACAUGGCAGGAAAAGAUGAGGGCUGCAAAUUAGUAACCAUCGGCAGUGGAAAAGUCUUUGCUACUACUGGUUACGGCAUUGCCCUGCAGAAGGAUUCACGCUGGAAACGACCCAUCGACCUGGCACUGCUGCAGUUCCUGGCUGAUGGUGACACACAGAAGCUGCAGACCGUGUGGCUCACAGGCAUUUGCCGUAAUGAAAAGAAGGAGGUGAUGAGCAGCAAGCUGGACAUCGACAACAUGGCGGGUGUCUUCUACAUGCUGCUGGUCGCCAUGGGCCUGAGCCUGCUGGUGUUUGCCUGGGAGCAUCUGCUCUACUGGAAACUUAGACACUCCGUUCGCAAAUCAAACCGACUAGAUUGUCUCCUGGCUAUUAGCAGAGGCAUCUACAGCUGCUUUAAUGGAGUAGAGCAAACUGACCACAAUGGGAGCAUGCAGAGUCCAGACAUCACUUCCAACUAUACACAAGCCAAUAUGCUUAAAAUGCUGAGGACAGCCAAGGACAUGGUGUCCUCUGCCAGAGUGGAGAACUCUCUUGACAGUGCCACUAAAACAAUAGAGAACUGGAGCAGACGGGGAGCCGACAAUGUGCGAGCUGGUCUGCCUCCCAGAGUUACAACCACAGACAUGACCCAUGGCCGUCUGCCUUAUAUCUCUAGCAUUACAGACAACCACUCACCAUACCCUCACAGGGCUAUUACGCCAACCUUCCCAGUGCAUUAUGGGGACACUUCCACUCAACCUCUCUUGGAAAAGCCCAGGGUGGUAACCCGGCCUUUGCCUCUUGGGUACACACUGCCUACCCGCAGCAAUCAGCAUCUGUUAGAGAGAACUCUACCCAUCUCCAGCCUCAGCAGCCCACACAUCGCCAUUAGGGAUCCUACUCCUUCUGGACCUUCAAUUCCCCACCACAGCAGCAGGCUGUAUGUGGACAACCAGGCCCGGCACCCAACGUCUCCCUUUGCACCUUAUAGGGAUUUCCAGGUACCUGACAUUUACAUGGAGCAAAAAGGAGCCCUGAGGAGAAAGUUUAGUUAUCCCCCGGACUGUAUGAGCAAGAAGCAAAAGUCUUUUACUUACUUGUUCGACGCUGCAGACCCUAGAGUGAGGGCUGACUAUGACGAACCUCGAUCUUGCUUUGCUGAGUUGAGGGCUAAUCACCUUUUAAACAACCACACUCCUGAUGCUGCUGCCAUGGCCUGCACUGGAGGACACUACCAUGGCAGUAGCACCAACUGCAACUCCUGCAUGAAGUCUUACCUGGAGCCUGACAUGGACGAUAUACCCCUCUUGGGAAAGGACAAACUAAAUCGGCGUGCCUCGUUCCUCAAAGCCACGUGGGGCAAUGACCGAAUCCAUCAGGUGGAUGAAACUAAGCCUUCCACGUCCACAUCUCCCUCCACCCGAGCGGAUAUGCCUGAUUUGUUUCCACGGGUAGUAUGUCCUAACCCAAAACCUCACAAGCUAUAUGGCAGUUUAGGGCACAAUUUGUCCUGCUACCCCAUGGCUGCUGAGCCAGCCUACUUGGACCCCGCUCAUAUGUGUUCCUACCCAUACAAGCAGAAGCUUAAGUAUUGUGACUCUACUCGACUACCCUCUUACAGGGAAGCCAUCCUGCAGAAUGCCGCUGCCCUGCGCCGCUCCUCCUCCACAGUGGUGCACAGACAUUAUUCCACCUACCUGAACUCUUACACAGACUUACCAGUGUACGUGAGUCCACUGGCACAGGGACCAUCACAGUUCUACAACAAUCCUAAGGACAUGUGCCACUUGAUUCCCUGUACCAGCCACUGCCCAGAAAAAGCAGCAUUGAUGCAUCGUGUAAAUGACAGACAUUUGGUUUCCCACAACAACAUGUUUGGGGCCUAUGAUAGCACAGGAAAGAGGGAAGACCUGGGCUCUGGGAGCAGACAGCGGAGGCAGGUGUUGGUGGCGCGAAGAGUCAACAGUCCUUAUGUGCCAAAGCCCUGGGGCAGGGUAUCUAGUCUGGAGUCUGAGGUCUGAACAAUCCUUAAUGUCCAUUUUGGCCUGACUGA